AUGAGCAGCAACACAUCCCUGCCUGUCCCCUUGCAGCUCUGCUACGAGAACGUGAGCGGAUCGUGUGUCAAAGCUCCCUACUCGCCUGGUCCCCGCGUGAUUCUGUAUGCAGUGUUUGGCUGUGGCGCUGUGCUGGCUGUGUUUGGAAACCUUCUGGUGAUGAUUUCAAUCCUUCAUUUUAAGCAGCUUCAUUCUCCAACUAAUUUUCUCAUUGCUUCCCUGGCCUGUGCUGACUUUUUGGUGGGAGUGACCGUGAUGCCCUUCAGCAUGGUAAGGUCUGUGGAGAGCUGCUGGUACUUUGGGGAGAGCUUUUGUAAUGUCCACACUUGCUGUGAUGUGGCAUUUUGCUACUCCUCUCUCUUCCACUUGUGCUUCAUCUCCAUCGACAGGUACAUCGCUGUUACUGACCCUCUGGUCUAUCCUACCAAGGUCACGGUGUCUGUGUCAGGAAUAUGCAUCGGCAUCUCCUGGGUCCUGCCAGUUGUGUACAGCGGUGCCGUCUUCUUCACAGGUGCCAACGACGAUGGUCUAGAGGAAUUAUCUAGUGCUCUAAACUGUAUAGGGGGGUGUCAGACAGUUGUAAAUCAAAACUGGGUGUUGAUAGAUUUUUUGUCCUUCUUUAUACCUACCCUUGUGAUGAUAAUUCUCUAUAGUCAUAUUUUCCUUGUGGCCAGGCAACAGGCUAAAAAAAUUGAAACGACUCAUAACAAAACAGAAUCAUCAGCAGAGAGUUACAAAGCCAGAGUGGCCAAGAGAGAGAGAAAAGCUGCUAAGACCCUGGGUAUCACUGUGGUAGCAUUUAUGAUUUCAUGGUUACCAUACAGUAUUGAUUCAUUAAUUGACGCUUAUAUGGGCUUCAUCACCCCUGCCUACAUUUAUGAGAUUUGUGUCUGGUGCGCUUAUUAUAACUCAGCCAUGAACCCUUUGAUUUAUGCUCUCUUUUACCCAUGGUUCAGGAAAGCCAUAAAACUGAUUGUGAGUGGUCAAGUUUUAAAGGACCAUUCAGCAACCAUGAAUUUGUUUUCUGAAUAA